GCGGAACAUCAACGAUCCAAUCAUGUGAUGCUGCUAAUGGGGGGUGAUUUUCAAUAUACAAAUGCUAAUCGUUGGUAUACAAAUCUUGAUAAACUCAUCGAGCUGUUACGUGAAAACACGACGCUCAGUGCAAAAAUAAACGUUUUCUAUUCGACCCCAACGUGCUAUAUAAGGGCCCUGGUCGAAUCUCAGCCAAGGUUGCCGCAAACAUCAGGCGACUUUUUCCCAUAUGCAUCUGGAAAUCAUAGUUACUGGACUGGCUUCUACACGAGUAGACCAACUUUUAAAGGUUUCAUACGACAAAGCAGCGCACUUCUACAGCUUAUCAAGAUGCACCGGUCAUUUGCACUGCAAACAACAAGCAACAACUUGCUACGCAGUGCGGUAACGUUAUCGCAGCAUCAUGAUGCCGUUACUGGGACAGCUCGAGAGAAUGUAACCAGGGAUUACAAGCUGCGACUUUCUCGAGGUUGGGAUGAAGCCGAAGUAUCAUUUAUAUUUUAUAAAAAUCGCUUUUUUUGA